UCACGGCGGCCCUCCCUCGGCUCCUGCCUGGGUCGCGGGGACCUCUCCGACCUUACCCCGGAGACACCGUCGCCCGGAUCCCGACCCUCCCCCUGGCCAAGUCCAAGGCCCCGGCGACCCCUCGAGGGGGGCCUGCCGGGCCAGCCCGCCGUCUCCAUGGCAUGCAGUUUGCAGAAGCUGUUUGCUGUGGAAGAGGAGUUUGAAGAUGAGGAUUUCUUGUCUGCCGUGGAGGAUGCAGAGAACCAGUUUGCCGGUGUGAAUGCCGGGUGCCUGAGACCUGUCUCUUCCAGGCCACAGGAGACUGUGCAGGCACAGUCUUCCAGGCAGCUGCCAUCAUGUUCCACUGCUCCUUCAGAGGCCUUGGGCCUGCCAGCCCUGGGACUCCGCCUUUCUACCUCCAGCAUGCCGAAGGCCUCCAGGGGUCCACCUUCCACAGGAACAGCCCCCCUAAGGCCUGUCUUGACUUCCAGCAGCUGGACUGGCAAUCCGAGAAAAGUGACCUUGACAGAAGUGUUCAAACAGCCAGCAAGACCCCAGUUCUCAGCCUCCCACCCUCUGCUCACCUUCGAGAGCCAACAGCAGGUGAUUGGUGGCUUUGAGGGGUCUGAACAAGAUGAAUUUGAUAAGGUCCUGGCAAGCAUGGAGCUGGAGGGGCCUGGCCCAGAGCUGGAACGUGGAAUUAGCGGUGAGGCCACAAGAAUCCUGCCCACCUGGCAGCAGGAGGACUCAGUAUUGGCUAAAAAGGCCCGGGGAGCUGAUCUGAGCAGAUCUUGCCAAAAGGGACCCAUGCCUGCCAUCCAUGUACGUGGUAUCAUGUCAGCGGAGAAUGAGCCUCUAGGCCCUGUUCACUGUAGGACUCCACAGCCCUGCUUGAGCCCUGGUGCCGUGGGUAACCUUCCUGUCCCAACCGCCUCAACAGUUCCUGCUCAGCAACCCCCCUGGGAAGUCUGUUCCAAAGGUCCCCUUCUUCGAGCACCCCAGCCUCUCCAAGCUGCUUGCGGGCCUGUUCAGCGCAGCCCUCAAAAUCGUUUCCCCAGUCAGCCAUUCCAGUCUCCAAAUGCCCGCUUAAGUGGCAAAGCUCGUUUUCCUGGACCACGAACUCCCAACUCAAGCUGUUCUCCUCCCUCAAGGCCUACCUCCGCAUCGUUUCCUCGGGGGCCCGUACAACCCCGAGCUCCAGUGUGUUCUGCCAAGUCUCCUUUCGGCACCCUAAAGAGCUCCCAUUCCUCCCCGGUUCCCCAAGCAGCUCUGCAGACGCCCGUCGUUACCAACCACUUGGUGCAGCUGGUCACUGCUGCCAACCGGACACCCCAGCAGCCCACCCGCACCUCCACCCGCACCAAGACACGCCGUUUCCCUGGCCCAGCAGGGAUCCUGCCUCACCAGCACAGUGAGAAAAAUCUGGAGGAGAUCAUGGUUUCUACGCCCCAGACUCCAACUCAUGGUGCUUUGGCUAAGUUCCGGACAGAGAUCGUUACUAGCUCCCAGGCAGCGGUGGAGGAGGAUUUUGGGCGAGGGCCCUGGCUGACCAUGAAAUCUGCUCUGGGCCUGGAUGAGAGAGACCCCACCUGCUUCCUCUGUACCUAUAGCAUCGUCAUGGUGCUGCGGAAGGCAGCCCUGAAGCAGCUUCCCAGGAAUAAGGUCCCCAACAUGGCGGUGAUGAUCAAGUCCCUGACUCGGAGCACAAUGGACGCCAGUGUGGUUUUCAAGGACCCCACGGGGCCCAAACCAGUUGCUGUGCUACCCUUGACCCUGAGACUGAUGGGCUGUGUGGUGUUUGCAGGAGAGAUGCAGGGCACAGUGCAUAGGUUGCUGCUUGAGACACGCCAGAAUGAGCUGAAGCCUGGCUCAGUGCUGCUGCUAAAGCAGAUUGGAGUGUUUUCUCCUUCACUCCGAAAUCACUACCUCAAUGUGACCCCCAACAACCUGGUCCACAUUUACAGCCCAGAUUCUGGGGAUGGGAACUUCUUCAAGCCGUCUCAGCCCUUCCCCGAGGAUCCAGGACGCUUCCACGGCAGCCUCCAGCAUGAGACUGAGAAGCCCAGGAAAGGCCUCAGAACAGCACAGAGCCCAGAGGCAGGGGCACCCCCUGAGGAAGAACUCCCAGAAGCAGAUGACCUGGAUGGACUCCUGAGCGAACUCCCUGAGGACUUCUUCUGUGGGACCAGCAGCUGGGACUGCCACGAGGCAGGGCACCCACCAUGAGCAGGCAGCCUCUCAGUGUCCAAACAAGGCACUGGUCCUCUGUGAUUGUGUCCAAGGGAGAGAGGAAGACCAGCGCAACUGGAGCAUAGACAAAGCUCGGGGCUUCUGUGGUUGUUCCCACCAUGGACACUUUCCCCAACAACGUCCCUCAGGUUCUGCACUGCCAUCACUUUUGACUUACUUUGGCACACCAGAACUCGGCCCAGGAGGGCCCUCUAGCCCUGCGCCUCCAAGUCCUUGAGUGUCUCCUUUCUUCUCCUCCUGCCGACGGGGAAGCUAUGUCACAUUCCCCCCUCAGCUCGACUUUAGAGGACAUUGGGCCUAGUCCCUUUACUCCCUCGUCCCUGGACAGCUGAGGAGCCGAAGGAGCCACACCACAGCAGUGGCCACCUGUCCCUCUGGACAGGGAAGGAACAUCCUCAGACUUCCCUCGGCUUUGUCUCCUGAGGCCUGUAGCUGCUCAGCUCGCCUGUGCCCGUGGCUGCCAGGUGUGGGAGCAGGGGUGUGGCUGUGGUGUCUUGUUCUGAAAUAAAGCAGCUGCCUGUUUCCCCCGCCUCCCUCUCCUUCCCACCCUCGCUGCUCCUUGUCCUGUCUAUCCUACCUGUGGUGCUUGGCCAGGGCAGAGCCAAGCUAUUCAUUUGCUUUCUCGAUCUCGCUCUCUUUUUUUUUUUAUGAACUUUUUCUUUCAGACAGUUUUAG